AUGGGUUCCAUGCUCGAGGAAGGAUCCCGUCCUGCUGCCGACGCUGAGAUGGACACGGAUCGUGUACAUCCCGACGCUGUUUCCGAUGGCGAGCGUGACUUUGAGAAGCAGGACUCGAAACCAGAGUAUCAGGAUGCAUUCGGAGACGAGGAGUAUGCCGAGGUGAAGUACAAGACCUUGAGUUGGUGUCAUGGUUGCCGAGACGGUGUCGCUGGGUAUUCUCUCCCUGCCCGCGGUGGUGGCUGCCUUAGGCCUCGUUCCUUUAAAUGGGCUUACCCGCACAUCCAUUCAAUGGGGGAUGCCGGCGAGGUCAUCAUGGGCAGAUUUGGCCGGGAGCUCUUCGGAACAGGCCAAUUGCUCCUGGUUGUCUUCAUCAUGGCUAGCCAUAUCCUGACUUUUACCGUCGCCAUGAACUCGAUUACAGAUCAUGGGACGUGCUCGAUCGUCUUUGGAGUGGUUGGCUUGGUCAUUUCGUUCGUGCUGUGUUUGCCACGCACGCUGGCCAAGGUCUCGUUUCUAUCAGUUGCUUCCUUCAUCAGCGUCUUUUCAGCCGUUCUGAUCGUCAUGAUUGCCGUUGGUGUGCAACGGCCAUGGCACGGCAGUGUCAAUGCCACUGUUGAUACCAGUUUAUACAAGGCUUUUCUUGCUGUCUGCAAUAUCGUCUUUUCAUUUUCCGGACACGUCGCCUUCUUCGGCUUCAUGGCCGAACUGAAAGACCCCCGCGACUACCCCAAGUCGCUCUUCCUGCUGCAAGGCAUCGACACGUGCUUGUAUAUCGUCGCCGCCGUUGUGAUCUACUGCUAUGCCGGCGACGACGUGACCUCACCGGCGCUAGGCUCAGCCUCGACUAUCGUGAAGAAGGUGGCGUACGGAAUCGCCUUGCCGACUAUCAUCAUCGGAGGCGUGGUGAACGGCCACGUCGCAUGCAAGUACAUCUACGUGCGGAUGUGGCGCCACAGCGACCGCAUGCAUAAGCGCGAUCUUGUUGCGACCGGGUCAUGGGUGUUGAUUGGGCUGGCGACUUGGAUCGUGGCUUGGAUUAUUGCCGAGGCUAUCCCGGUGUUCAACAAUCUGUUGAGUCUGGUGGCGUCGCUUUUUGCAAGCUGGUUUACCUACGGCUUCAGCGCUCUUUUCUGGCUGUAUCUCAAUAAGGGCCGGUUCUUUUCGACUCCGAUGAAGACUGCGCUUACUCUUCUCAACAUCUUCAUCAUGGGAAUCGCAUGCUGCAUUUGUGGUCUGGGGCUUUAUGUGUCAGGCAAGGCCCUGCACGACGACCCCAGCAGUGUCAGUUUCUCAUGUGCGAAUAAUGCCUAA